AUAAAAUCAUGAAAAAAUCUUGUCAUUAUUUUGUUUUAUAUUUCCAAAUUAUGACUUUCUUGGUGUUAUUUGUAUGUGUGAAUUCUCAAUUAACACCAACUUUUUACUCAAAAACAUGUCCAAAUCUUCUCAGAAUUGUUCGUAAAGAAGUUCAAAGUGCAAUCAAGAAUGAAAUGAGAAUGGCUGCUUCUUUGCUUCGUCUUCACUUCCAUGAUUGCUUUGUCAAUGGUUGUGAUGCAUCAUUGUUGUUGGAUGGAAAUAGUAAUACAAGUGAGAAGUUUACUCCAGCAAAUUUGAACUCAGCAAGGGGAUUUGAAGUGAUAGACAAUAUUAAAACUGCUGUUGAGAAUGCAUGUAGUGGAGUUGUUUCUUGUGCAGAUAUAUUAGCUAUAGCUGCAAGAGAUUCAGUGUUAUUGAGUGGAGGGCUAUUUUGGAAGGUGUUAUUAGGGAGAAGAGAUGGAUUAGUUGCUAAUUUUUCUGGAUCAAGCAAUGCACUUCCAGCACCAUUUGAUCCUCUCAAUACAAUUAUUUCCAAAUUCCAGGCAGUUGGAUUAAACUUAACAGAUGUUGUGAGCCUAUCAGGUGCACAUACAAUUGGAUUAGCAAGGUGUACAUCUUUUGAAAAUAGAUUAAGAAACUUCAAUGGGACAAGUUCACCAGACACAACAUUAGACACAACAUUAGUGAGUGAACUUCAAAAUUUGUGUCCCUCCACAAGUGAUGGAAAUAACACAACUCCACUUGAUAGGAAUUCCACAGACUUAUUUGACAAUCAUUAUUUCAAGAAUUUGAUCAAUGGAAGAGGACUUCUUGAAUCAGACCAAAUCUUGUUCUCUAGUGAUGAUGCCAUAACAACAUCAACAAAAACCCUAGUUGAGAGAUAUAGUAAUAACUCUAUGGUUUUCUUUAAUGACUUUGUUAAUUCCAUGGUUAAGAUGGGAAAUAUUAGUCCUUUGAUUGGAUCAGAUGGUGAGAUCAGGAAGAAUUGUAGGGUUAUUAAUUAAUUUAAAUAAUUUGUAUGUAGUGUGUUUACGUUGUUCGAGCCCUUUAAAAUGAUGUCGUACUAGUGUCAUAUCCUCCAACUUACACUAGGCAGUAUUUUUGAAAAGUUCAAGUAAUAUAGUUAGUAUAUGUACUAGUUUAAGUUAUUGUAUUGUGAAAUAUUUAUAUAUUGUACUUUAUGAUUGUACAAUAACUAGUAUGAUAUAUAUAUGUUGCUUUCACAUCCUUUAAAAAUAUUGUCGCACCCAUAUCGGAUCCUUUAAAUAUGCAUAAUUUUUUAAGGAUCCGACUCAUAUCUGACAAUAUCUUUAAAGGAUUCGAGCAAUACAUAUAGUUAUUAAGUAGGUUGUUGUAUCAUGAAAUAUUUGCUU